CACACUGCUGCCGGAACCAAGACUUUAGGGUGCCGGUCAGAUCAACUGAGCUAGCCAAACGGACAUUUAUUGUUAUAUGUUGCUGUAGUGUGAUGUGCCUCAGCUUAUAUGAAGAUGAUCAUGAUUUGGUUUUGCUUGUUGAUGUGCAUCAUCGCCAAAGGUAGCUCUCUUAAAGUUAUGAAUUAUGACUGCCGAAAUACAACUUCUUACACCCCUAACAGCACCUACAAAGCCAACCUUGAUUCUCUUCUCUCCAAUCUUCAUUCCAACGCCACCCGAGACAAUGGUUUCUACCACGCCACAGUUGGCGGCAGCCGCCGUUCCAACGACACCGUGCACGGCUUGUUCCUGUGCCGGGGCGACGUCUCCACCGACGAUUGCCGGAGCUGCAUCGGAGAGGCCCGUAUAAAGAUAUUGGAGCUUUGCACCAAUGAAACGACGGCUAUUGUUUGGUACGAUAACUGUUUGUUGCGUUACUCAGAGACGUCCAUGUUGGGGAUAUUAGACCAAUCGACCUGGUACGAAAUGAGUAACCCGAAAAACGAAACUGAAGUGCCAAAUCAGUUCAUGGAGUUGGUCGGAAACAUGUUUGAUCAGAUAAUCACUCCGGUAUCCAGUGGCUCCGACAAGAAAUUUGCAGUGUUGCAAACUAAUUUUAGCGUGGAGAGUAUUUUUCUCUUUGAGACGGUGUAUGUUCUUGGACAGUGUACGCCGGACCUCUCUACCGUUGACUGUCAGAUAUGCUUCAGAAACGCCAUUAAUGAACUGCCUUAUUGCUGUUAUGGAGCCUUGGGUGCUAGAGCUGUGUACCCAAGCUGUAGCGUUAGGUAUGAGCUCUAUGCUUUCUACAAUGUCUCCGCCGUGGCAUCGCCGCCACCGCGGCCUCCCAUCCAUCCUCCUUCCCCUCCUCUUCUACCAUCUGUGCUUCCCAAUUCCACUACCAGUAAAGAUGCAGGGAAUAGAGGAAAAUCUUCUGCAAAAGUGAUUGCAGCCUCUGUAGUGUCAGUCACUGGGAUAUUACUCUUCGUUUCAUGCUUUUGUUUCUUCAAAAUGAAAAGAGCGAAGAAGUCCAUUUAUCGUGUGAAGAAGACUACUUCUGGCAUGACUGAAAUUCCAAUAGAGGAAUCAGUCCAAUAUGAUUUUGGUACUAUUCAAGCUAUAACAAAUUAUUUUUCUCCGGAUAAUAAGAUUGGUGAAGGUGGAUGUAGUUCUGUUUACAAGGGAAGGUUUCCCAAUGGACAAGAAGUAGCGGUGAAGAGAUUGUCAAGGAGUUCAAGACAAGGAGCUGUUGAAUUCAAGAAUGAGGUUGCAUUGGUUGCCAAGCUUUUACAUAGAAAUUUAGUAAAAUUGUUAGGGUUUUGCUUGCAGGGAGAAGAAAAGAUACUCGUCUAUGAAUUUGUUCCUAACAAAAGCCUUGACUACUUUUUGUUUGAUCCAGAGAAGAAGCGUUUAUUGAAUUGGUCCACUCGCUUCAAGAUCAUAGUAGGAAUAGCUCGUGGACUCCUUUAUCUUCAUGAAGAUUCGCGUCUCAAAAUUAUACAUCGAGAUUUAAAAGCAAGCAAUGUGCUCUUAGACGGAGAUAUGAACUCAAAAAUAUCUGACUUUGGCUUGGCAAGAGUUUUUAUGACAGAUCAGACCCAAGGAAAUACGGAUAGAGUUAUAGGAACAUAUGGCUACAUGUCUCCCGAGUAUGUUAAGCAUGGCUUAUUCUCCGUAAAAUCAGAUGUUUUCAGCUUCGGAGUUAUACUCUUGGAGAUUAUAACUGGAAAGAGAAACAAUUCUUUGUCCAUGAAAUCAACUGGAGCUAAAGAUCUUCUUAGCUAUGCUUGGAAACAUUGGAGGGAGGACAGACCACUAGAGAUGGUGGAUCAAAGUCUUAGAGGUUUGUAUUCGAGAGAUGAAGUGAUCCAAUGUAUCAACGUUGGGUUGUUGUGUGUCCAAGAAGAUGUGGAUGAAAGACCAACAAUGGCGAAUGUUGUGUUGAUGCUGAAUAGCUUUUCUGUUACAAGGAGAACACCGUCUAAUCCGCCUGCAUUUUUCAAUGCUGGAAUUGAGAGGAUUUGGGUUGGAGAAACAGUAGUGGAUCAGUCCAUGAAUGAAGUUUCGAUUUCAGAUUUGUAUCCCAGAUAAUAAUUCUAUCUUUCAACAUUAAUUUGUAGUACAUCCAUUUCAACA